UGUCUGCUGUCAGCCUCUGACUCAUAGCGUCAAACUUCUUCCCCGUUUCUCUUUCUGGUGAACGUGCUCAGUGUGUGUGUGUGUGUGUGUAUGGAGGUACAGGGGAGGGGAUGGAUCAGAAGACUCUGGUCAGUAGUGUGUAUAUAAGUGUUUAGAUGGAGGUUGUGAUGAAGGCUGACGGUUCGAGCUGUGUGAUGAUCAGUGUAGAGGAGUGUUAAUGGAGCGACUCGGUGUGUGUGUUCUGAGCUGCGCUCUGCUGCUCGUCUGCACUUCCUGUCUAACAGGCCUUCAGGCGAGUCCCGUCGCUCACAGCCCGUUCGUCCUGAACAAUCUGUGUCUGUUCUGUGAUGUCGAGCCGAGCGAGUGUAACGCCACUGAGACUCACUGCGAGAUUCACUGCAAUAUCACUUCCAUCUGUGCGAAUAAAACUGAGGUCUGCGUUAGUGCAUGGCGCAGAUAUGGCGGGAGCGUCACCGUGGAAACAGUGUGUCACGACCCAUCGGAACCCUUCUACGGUGUGAUGCUGACAGACUACGACAAAAAGGAGUGUGUGAUGAAGCAGUACACGCAACUCGGCCCAGACGUCUACAUCUGCUCCUGCAGCCAAGAAGACGAGUGUAACAAGAACCUGAUUUUCUCCACAGAGACAAAACAGGAAAACCCAUCGGUGCAGAACCUUCUCCUCUUUGUCCUGGUUCCUAUCGGCAUUCUUACCGUCAUCCUCUUCACCCUAAUUUAUUCCUGCUACCUUUACAAGCUCCGUCAGUACCAACUAAGGACUGAUUUUAGCGACACACGCUCCAUCAUUGGCAAUAAACUCGAACACUCAGACAGCGUCUCAAACUGGCUCAAUCACAACACAGAGCUUCUGCCCGUCCAUCUGGAUGAAAUAGUGGGAAAAGGACGCUUCGCCGAAGUGCACCGCGCCCGACUCGGGCAAAAAACAAGUGAAAACCGGGUGUUCCAGACAGUGGCAGUGAAGAUCUUUCCACUGGAGGAGUUCCUAUCCUGGAAGACGGAGCGGGAGAUAUUUCUGGAUGCAGAGCUCUGUCAUGAGAACAUUGUCCACUUCCUGGCAGCAGAAAAACACACACUGGAUCAACAGUUAUGGCUGAUUACGGCCUACCACGCUCGAGGGAACCUAAGGGACUUCCUCAGAGUCCACCAGCUCGAGUGGCCGGAGCUCUACAAGAUGGGUGGUGAUGUCGUAAGAGGUUUGGCUCACCUGCAUAGUGACCGGAGUGCAACAGGUGGAGUUAAAGUGCCGGUCGCUCACCGAGACUUGAAGAGUGACAACGUCCUGGUGAAGGAAGACCGGAGCUGCUGCAUCUGCGACUUUGGCCUCAGCAUCCGACUCGACAGCAACAUGAGCACGGAGGAGCUGGCUAAUAGAGGACAGGUCGGCACAGCGAGGUACAUGGCCCCCGAGCUACUGGAGUCCAGACUAAACCUGGAGAACAUAGAGUCCUUUAAACAGGCAGAUGUUUAUUCCAUGGCUCUGGUGCUGUGGGAGAUCACGUCCAGGUGCACCGCCAUCGGAGAGGUGAGAGAGUACGAGCCGCCGUUCGGGAAGUUGAAUCAGCCGUGCAUCGAGAGCAUGAAGGACACCGUGAUCAGAGACCGAGAGCGACCCGAGAUUCGGCUCGGCUGGAGAACACACCCGGGUGUAAAGCUGGUGUGUGAGAUGCUCGAGGAAUGCUGGGACCAGGAUCCAGAAGCUCGUCUGACAGCUUCGUGUGUAUCCGAGAGAUUUAACGAGUUCAACAAUCCAUCAUUCCUCAAAGCGAACUCAAAUAACAAGGACAAAAUAAGCAACAUCCCAGAGACAGAGGCGGAGUUAUUAAAUAUAGACCUGUGAAGUGUAUCAUGGACGUGUUUUUAUCCAGAAACAUGAGUUUCGACUUUGUGUUUCAAGAGACAAUAUAUCUAUAUAAAAUCAGAUACCAUGCAUAGUAUUAACUUUAAAUUUUCUGCAGCGUGAAUAACAAGCCAACGUCAUAAUAACAUGAACUGAUUUUUAUAAUAAAUUAAAUUAAACUAAUCUUCUAAAUCAUGGCUCAAUCAUGGGGAUGUUUGUGG